AUGAAAGGCGAGAUUACGCACCUGGCCCUGCUGGGCCAGCAGAGCUCUGUGCUGCUGGCCUCUGCUGAAUGUGUUCGCUGUGCCGGGCGGGACACAAGCCUGUCCACGUCUGGCCCAGCAGGCCCAGUGUCCACUUCCCCGGAUGCGCUCCGAGCCCGGGUGUCCGCUGCCCAUGCCCACUCCAGCCAGAUGGCUCAUGUUUCAGGGAGAGUCAGCAUCCCCUGGACUCUCGUGUCGUCUGCCGUCCGGAGGGGCCCCGGAGCCUGCGGGGAGGACAGGAGAAUGUGGGAUGGGAGAGGAGAGACGGUGGCCACGGGAAGCAUCAUGCUCAGGUCCUAG